UCAAAUCUGGCUUUAUAUUUACACAAGGAGUUUGAUAUCCCUGCCAUAACAUAAGAGAAAAUAAGAAAAUUAACAUAACGACACGAACUUAAAUUAUGACUAAAAACUGGUAGUGUGUUAAAGAAAUAACAUUCAACAUAAAAAUCCAAAAUUUAAAUAAUUUAAUGGGCUUCAAGGAAAUAUACACAUUUUUGAUUUACAGAAAAAAACAGAAGAACUGUCAGUUUUACCUGAUGAGCUAUAUAAUGAAUUCAGAAUAUAUCUUAUUUCUUUGAUUCAAAUAUCUCAACAAACCACGUGAAUAAAAUUAGGCUGUAAUGUGAGUUCUCAUCUGCGAAAGACAAUAUCCAACCACGAAAUACAGAAUCACAGUACACAGCUUGCUAGAGAAAAACGUUUUAUGUAUUUUAUCUUUUAAUUACUGUGGCACUUUUCCCUUUUUGUAUAAAUGCUUGCAUUACAUAAACUUUUAUUAAAUUUUAAGCAGGUUUGCACUUAUUUUGACGGUCCGGAAGUUUCUUCAGUUUCGGUUUGCGCUGUCUACGGCCUGACCGGGGGAAACAGCCUACAUCUGGGAAACGGCUCUUUCCCCCUGGUCGGAGAAUAUGGGAACAAAAUAAAAUAAAGCUGUGUGAACACAUUUAUAUACAGUGACAAAACAAAACAAAAGAUUAAUACAAUUCUUUCUCGCCAGCUGGAAUGUGUGAUAUACUAAAAAAAAAAACACACACACACACACACACAACAACAGUGAAAAAAGGAUGCCAGAAGUACUGUACUCAUUUUUAUUUUCAAGCGCUUGAAUCGUUACUUGAAUAUUUCCACUUUAUUCCCCGUCAUAAUAAUAUAUAUAUUAUCAACCUUUCCAACUUAAUGUACUCCUUAUUUUUUUGGUGUUGCUUUUCGCUUGAAUGAAGGUGAAAUACGCUGAUAAUAGAAACAAUAUUUGAUGCUCUUACUUGUGUAAAUGAGAGGUAACCUGUAAUUAAAAACAUAGGUCUGAUAAAUAAGUGCAGUGCAUUAAAACGUUAAAAAAAAACAGGAGGAAUUUAUUUGGAGUAGAUGAACUGAGUACAAAUUAUUGAGAAUUAUAGAUUACAUUAUAGAUAUAUAAAUAAGGCACCAUAAGUCCAGGUUAGAAUAUGACUGCCAAUAAUACUAAUAACGCCAAUAAAUGCUACGGAAGUGAGAACAGGAGUCAUAUCUCUAGCAUACCCUAGAGACCAAAACGCAAAUUGCCCGAAAACAACAAAGACCACGAAGAAGAAGAUUUUGGAACGUCAUUUCCUGUCUUGCGCAAACCAGAGGAACGAAAAUAAACAUGGCGGCGGCGGAGAAAUCGACGAAGGAGAGACUGCUGUCUGUGCUGGAUGAUUUGGAGGUUUUAUCCAGGGAGCUGAUAGAGAUGCUGGCAUUGUCCAGGAGUCAGAAAAUGCCUCAACCUGGAGAGGACACGCAGAUCCUGGAGCUGUUGGUGCAGAGGGACAAGGAGUUUCAGGAGCUGAUGGAGGUGGCCCAGCAGCAGGGGAAGGUUCACCAGGAAAUGCAACUGCUGGAGAAGGAGGUGGAGAAGAGAGAUAGUGACAUCCAGCAGCUCCAGAAACAACUGAAGGAAGCAGAACACAUCCUGGCCACUGCUGUUUACCAGGCAAAAGAGAAACUGAAAUCCAUCGAAAGAGCCAGGAAAGGAAGCAUCUCAUCAGAAGAAAUCAUCAAGUAUGCUCACAGAAUCAGUGCCAGUAACGCUGUGUGUGCUCCUCUCAACUGGGUGCCAGGUGAUCCACGCAGACCGUACCCUACCGACCUGGAAAUGCGUAGCGGGAUGCUUGGUCACAUGGCCAACCUGUCCACCAAUGGUGUGAACGGUCAUCUGCCAGGAGACGCGUUAGCUGCUGGGAGGUUACCAGACGUCCUGACGCCUCAUUACCCGUGGCAGUCGUCUGAUGUCUCAGUGGGGAUGCUGCCCCCUCACCACGGCAAUGACUUUGGCCUGGAGCCUCCGGGUCACAACAAGGAGAAUGAAGAUGAUGUAGAGGCCAUGUCCACAGAUUCCUCCAGCAGCAGUAGUGACUCCGACUAAAAGCGUGUCUCAGAGUCAAGAAAUGCUGAGACGUGUGUGUGUGUGUGCGCGCGUGUCUGUUUGUUCGACUUAAAGCUCACCAGCGAGCAACAUCUGAGCAGGCAUCUUCAGCUUCAGUCAUUUAUUGUGCCUUUGAGAAAUAGAUUUUUUAAAAUGUACCCUUUUUGAAUAUUAGUGAGUUUAUGGUGUUAGUAGGUGGAUUAUGUUCCCUUUGGACAGAACCAGGCUAACUGGCGUUAUUAUACAGUUCAGUGAAACUACUGUAUAAACUAGAACUAGCAAAAAUGAAGAACGUGUCAUUCUGGACUCCUACAUGAAAGAAGACAGACCAAAGAAUAUCCUUCAGAAAACAAAGACAAUAAUUUGCCUUCUUUUGCUCUUUGGUGACACCGUGUGUGAGAGACUUGAUGUCUAAUUUUAGUUGGUCACGGUCAGAAUGUUUGCAGUGUAGUAUAAGUUGUGUAAAUAUGCCUGUAAAUACUCAGUCUUGUAAAUAAAUACUUUUUGAAUACAA